AUGUCUGGCGAACAAGCGAACCCAGUCGUGAAGCUAUCACUGCCACUUCAAUAUCAGCAAGAUUUGUUCUCAGAACUCAGAGCCGAGGAUGAACUAGUAAUUCUUGCAAGGGGCCUUGGCCUGCUGCGUAUCGUGACGAAUCUAUUACAUUCAUAUGAUGCAGCCGGCAAUAACCUUAUCAUAGUGGUGGGUGCUGGUAGUCGAGAAAAUGAAUGGAUUGGGGAAGCUCUCGCCGAACAAUAUGCGGUCAGCAGAACUCCCCUGGCCAGAGGCCUUAAAGUGAUCAAUACCGAUAGAGCUACUGUUCCUCUGAGAAUCGUUGCCACCUCGUUGGAAGCAUUUAUUAUCCGUCUAUAUCGGCAAUUCAACAAAGUGGGCUUUUUAAAAGCUUUCUCUGAUUCUCCGGAACCUUUCACAAUCGGCUUCAGCCCUCUAGCAAACAUAAUGCGGAAUCUAUUUCUUCGGAAGCCGUCCCUCUGGCCAAGAUUCCAGGUUACAGUAGCAGAGUCCUUGGAAGGCCGGAAGAAAGCUGAAGUCAUCGAGCUAGAAAUACCGAUGACAGACAAAAUGCGAGAUAUCCAAAACGCGGUCCUAGAAUGUGUCGAAGCGAACAUUCGAGAGCUCAAAAAGGCAAAUUCCGGCCUCGACAUUGAGGACUGGACAGUGGAUAGUGCCUUACAUCAAGAUUUUGAUGUGGCUAUCCGGCGGCAGUUGGAACAUAUGUGGCAUCGUGUAACCUCUAGAACAAAACAAAUAGUUAGUGAUUUAGCUGUCCUGAGGUCGAUACUCCACUCAUUACUGACGUACGAUUCAGUCUCUUUUAUCAAAUACCUUGACACGAUCAUUGCUAUGCACUCGCCACCGCCGGGAUCAACAAGGCAGAACUACUCCCCUUGGCUGUUUCUUGAUGCAGCUCAUGUUCUAUUUCAAACUGCAAAGUCUAGAGUUUAUCGCGGCAAAAUUAGCAAUCAGGAGUUUAUAUCUGACACUGCUUCUUUACCAACAGCCUUGGAGCCAGUACUUGAAGAACAGCCAAAAUGGUCAGUUCUUGCGGAUGUUCUAGACGAAAUUGAGAGGAGUACAUAUCCCAACCCUGUUGCCCCGGGUGGCUCCAAUGGAACUAUAUUGAUCAUGUGUAGCGACGGGAAAACCUGCUACCAAAUCAGAGAAUAUUUAGAAACAAUGCGCAUCAAAGUUGAAACGCCCAAUGACGAGACGAAUGAUGAGGUAGAAGUAGAUGACAAUAAGCCUUCAGGGGAGUUUAUGCUUCGGAGAAAACUUCGGAACUAUCUAAAUUGGAAACGUAUUUCGUCAAAAAUUAACAGCAAUAUGUAUGAUACUAAAUCAAAACAGGAGCCAGGCACGGCACCAGGGUAUAAUUCCGUGGGUUCAGCCACCCGCUAUCAAGGAAGAGCGCCACCGAACAAGAGACGACGUGUUCGCGGAGGCGGGGGCUCAGGUCUGGCACCAGUCAGAGGUGCAAGCAACAGUGUCCAGCCCGAUACGAUGGCGUCAGCACAGGUAUCAACGCUUCUGGAGGAAAUCAAACUUGCUGAGCCGCAAGAUGAAGCUAUCGGGGUUGAGAUCGUGGAUGACGACCUGAAAGAUGUGGAAGAUUUCUAUCAACUCUAUGAUAUGAACGAUCUCCUAAUGGUAUACUCUUACCAGGGAGACGUGGACGACCAUGUCCUUGAAGAAGUCAAGCCACGAUAUAUAAUCAUUCCAUGGGCCCUGACAAUAACCCAUGACAGAAGUGCAGAAGAUCCUCAGGAGCAAUUUCUCCGAACAGUAAAUACCCUCAUAGCAGGUGGUGGCCGACUCGCGGCAACGGCAGCCCCACCUACCGUGGUUGUGGAUGUGCGCGAAUUUCGCAGCGCUCUCCCUUGCUUUCUCCAUGGGCGAAGCAUGAUUGUAGUUCCCUGUCAAUUGACAGUUGGAGACUACAUCUUAACCCCUGACAUCUGUGUCGAGCGCAAAUCGAUCCGCGACCUGUUCAGCUCGCUGAGAAACGGCCGGUUGUAUAAUCAGGCUGAGACCAUGCUGCAACAUUACAAAACCCCAGUCCUACUAAUUGAAUUUGACCAGAACAAAUCCUUUACCUUCGACGCAUUCACCUCUGCGACAAACACGCAUGGCUCAGAAAGCCUAUCCAGUAACUUGAUAAACCCCACAAAUCCGAAAUCUGUCCAGCACCUCCUCACACUGCUCACACUCGCCUUCCCGCGGUUAAAAAUCAUCUGGUCCUCCGCCCCUUAUCAAACGGCAGAAAUAUUCGAAGAGUUGAAAAAGAACAACCCUGAACCAGAUCCCAUCCGUGCCGUCCAAAUCGGGCUAGAUUUUGAUAUCACAUCCCCUGCUAUGGCCGCUGCAGCAACGGGUGCUAGCAACAGUAUCAUGACAGCGGCGGGCAUCGAGCAUCGAACCUUCAACCAGCUGCCGCAGGAUAUGUUACGAGCUGUUCCCGGCGUGACGCCCAAGAUAGCGGAGCGGCUGAUUUUGGAGACGGAGAAUUUGCAGCAGAUCACGAAUAUGGAGAUGGAGGAGCUGGAGCCGUUGGUUGGGAAAGAGGUUGGGAGGCAGAUAUUGCGGUUCUUUCGGAGGAAUCUUUUCGAUGAAGAGAUCGUCGAUUGA